CGUCCAAAUAGUUAGUGAUGGUCAGAGCAGAAAGCACCAUUGAUGUCGACAUAAAAACCGAAGAAAAUCAGCUUGAAAUCAACUGCCAAACCCUUAAAACCACCUCAGCAGCUCACUGCAGUUCACUAUUCAGAGCUGUUAGGAGCUGAUUUGACUUUCAGAGAGGUGUAGAAGCGAUAUUAGAGAAAGAGAGGAGGGCGUUGACAGGGAAGCCAGAUCAGCAGGCAAGCUGCUGCUGCAAGGAGAGGAAGAGCAGGCUAUGCACAAGCCAAAGCCAGAGGUCAAGAAGAAAAGACAAAGGAUAGUAAAAAGGUAGACUAAGAAGGAGGACGGGUCAUUUGUGAUCUGAGUCAGUAAACCUGAAACCAGCCUCUUUGUUGCUUUGUGGGGGCACCGAGUGAGGAGGAGGAUGUGAAGGAGAGCAGGAGGGAGGAACGGAGGCAACUGCAAGAAAGACAAGAAAUGCUCUCAGAGAUCAUGUGCAGGAGAAUCUUCCAGCAGCAAAGGCAGCAGGACGAGAAGGAGGCGCAGGUGAGACAGGCUGGCAUCCAUAGGAAGCACGGCUGGUCCAAGAGCUGCAGUGGGCGCCUACAGGGGAGGAGGACAGGAGGGGGAGGGUGGCUGAGAGGGCGCAGUCACCAUCAGCACCCUCAUCGUCAUCCUCCACCUCAUCAUCAUCACCCAAGACACCCCCAGAGGCCAGUGUUACCCCUUCGUCCGGUUUACGUUAAGGGAAACCAAGCCAGGGGAAUGCGAGCCCCCAAGAACACAAACCAGUUUCUGAUGCACGAGAAGUACCAGAUGCAGCACAUGCGCUCCGACUCCGUGGGGAGCGACGGCUGCUGCAGCUCCGACAGCGACUUGGAGCUCACCGACAUGGACUCGUACCUGGGCGUCCUGGAGAAUGCCAGAGGAGCUCUCCUAGACAGUCCCAACCCACACGUCUCAACUACGCCACCAGGUCAGUUCCUGGUACUGCACAGCGCGUGCCCGCACGAGACCAGCGUAUGCCUGCAGGAGGAAAGCAUGCAGUAUUUCCCCUCUGAAGACGACCUGCUGCAGAGCCAGAAUUUCAUGCAGAGGGACUUUGUUGAAUUCUGUGACUUCCUGUCACCCUGAAGCCGAACUUUCAGGGAGCCAUUUUGUCCUCAGACUGCAGACUGAACGUGGUCAGGUGUGUUCUGCUCCGUGUUCAUUGUACAUGGUAAAAAAAAAAAAAAAAAAAGUCUGAAUAAUUUGCUUUCACGAGAACUGAACUGUUUAGGAAUAUCUUUUCUGUCAUUUUGUGUGUGUUUUUUUUCUCGCCCUUUUUUUACACUGGCAUUAAUGUAAAUGAAGAAUAU